CGGUUCUGAUCGCAAUAUAAUUCAAACUUCCUUCUUCGAUAGUAUUUGGACCGAUUAAUCACGAGUUCUUCCUGGUCAUAACAGCAUGUCAUCCUCAUCCAUUCCCGCAAAGAUGCGAGCGUUGGUCGUUCCCGAACCAGGCGUCAACUAUUAUACACUUCAAGAGCAAGACACUCCCUCACCAAAAGGGACCAAAGUCCUAUUGCACAUCAAGGCAUCAGGCUUAUGUCACACAGAUUCAAUAGUGAGAGACGGUAGCUUUGGAGGAAAUUGGCCAAUAAUAGGGGGACAUGAGCCUGCGGGUGAGGUAGUAGCAGUCGGUGACAAUGCGGAAGAAGUGUCUGUCGGAGAUCGGGUGGUGGCUCUGUUACCCAAAGAUCCUUGCGAUACAUGCCCGGACUGCACCAUGGGCGAUUGGAAGUACUGCAAGUUUAUGAAGUUUGGAGGCAUCAACGCGGAUGGCUUUUUCAGCGAAUACGCUCUUGUAGAGGCCAAGUUUUGCGUCCAUAUCCCGGAUUCUAUGAGCUUUGAACAGGCAGCCCCCUUAGGCUGUGCUGGAGUGACUGUUUAUGCCGGUAUCAAGAAAGCCCAGCUCAAACCCGGGGAUGUGAUCGCCAUCAGCGGCGUAGGAGCACUGGGCUAUCUCGGGGUACAGUUUGCCAAGGCGAUUGGUCUUAAAGUUGUCGCUAUAGAUACUCGUACUGAAGCUCUUGAACUGGUACGGUCGCUCGACAAUGACCAUCGCCCCGACUUGGUCAUCGAUGCUAGCAAGAGCAAGGCAGACGACGCGCUCAAUGCCAUCCAUGGGCUCAGACCAAGUGGCUACCGUGGAUGGGACGGUGUUGACGCAUCCGUGUUGACCUCCCCAGCGAUUCCAUCCUACCAGUACGCUGCUGAUCUUACUCGUUCCCACGGCACAUUGAUUCUCUUGGCUCAACCCACCAAAGUCGAGUUCCAGUACCCUACAUUCCUUGCAAGAGAUAUCACACUCCGGGGAUCAUUGCACGGGAAUGAAGUAGAUUUGAAGGACACAGUUGAAUUGGCCUACAAGUGCAACAUUAAAUCAGAAGUGAAAACAUUCACAAUUAACCAGCACAGGGAGAUGUUGGACGCUGUUGAAAGUGAUACCUGGAAGGGGAAGGCCGUUUUGGUCUUUUAGGCGAUGGUUCUGUAUUAACACGAGAAAUGGAUUUUGUAUACGACAUGGCAGUGCCAUGAAAGAUUGUACAUGUAGAAAG